UCUGCUGGGAAAAUUGGAUUCUUUCAGGCCGUUGAGAAGCUUGGCGUGGAGAAGGACAUUGCCGAGUACAUCAAGAAGGAGUUCGAUAAGAAGUAUGGCACCACCUAACAUUGCAUCGUUGGGCACAAUUUCGAUCUUUGUAGAUGAAGUGAUGGAACUGGUAGAGCUUGAUAAUCUCAAAGAUGCGAUAGUGGGCCUCCUAGGGAUUACAGGACUGUCGACAGAACAAAGGAAGAGGUUGACAAUAGCCGUGGAGCUUGUCGCUAACCCUUCGAUCAUCUUCAUGGUUGAACCAACAUCUGGUCCUGAUGUAAGGGCAGCGGCCAUUAUCAUGAGAACCGUAAGGAACACGGUUGAUACAGGAAGAACAGUUGUCUGCACAAUCCAUCAAACUAGCAUUGACAUCUUUGAAGCUUUCGAUGAGCUUCUACUGAUGAAAAGAGGAGGGCAAGUGAUAUACUCUGGACCUUUGGGCCAGAAUUCUCAGAAGAUAAUCGAAUACUUUGAAGAGAUUCUUGGCGUUCCAAAAAUAAAAGAGAAAUACAAUCCGGCAACAUGGAUGCUAGAAGCAAGCUCAAUUGCCGCUGAAGUUCGAUUGGGAAUUGAUUUUGCCAAGCACUACAAGUCCUCGAAGUUGUAUCAGAGAAAUAAAGCGCUGGUUAAGGAGCUAAGCACUCCUGCCCCAGGAGCCAAAGAUAUCUAUUUCCCCACACAAUACUCUCAGUCUACUUUUGGGCAGUUCAAAUCAUGCCUUUGGAAGCAAUGGUUGACAUAUUGGAGAAGCCCUGACUAUAACCUCGCCCGAUACUUCUUCACCUUAGUUGCUGCCCUCAUGCUUGGCAUGAUCUUUUGGCGGGUUGGCACAAAAAGGGAAAAUGCAAAUGAUCUAACCAUCAUUAUUGGAGCCAUUGAAAGGACUAUGCUUUACUGAGAAAGAGCUGCAGGGAUGUACUCUGCCUUACCAUACGCCAUUGCUCAGGUCAUGAUGGAAAUACUAUAUGUACUCAUCCAGACCACAUGCUAUACUCUUAUUGUCUAUGCCAUGGUGAUCUUCCAGUGGACAGCCGCGAAGUUCUUCUGGUUCUUCUUCACCUUUUUCACAUUCCUCUACUUCACUUACUAUGGCAUGAUGACCGUGUCC